AUGGAUGACAAACUCCAAAAUGUCUACAGCAAAUUGAUCACUGCCAAUCACAUCCUCCACCAUCAUGGCGUGGUCGAUGCAUAUGGUCACAUCUCCGUCCGCCAUCCUCAGGACCCUUCCCUCUAUAUCAUGUGCGGGUACAUGGCGCCUGCGCUUGUCAGCUCACCAGCCGAUUUGUUAACCUACCAGAUCUCUGAUUCUUCACCCACCACAUCUGUGCCACACCCAGGCUACAGCGAGCGGUUUAUCCACUCCGAGAUCUUCAAGCGCUUUCCGUCCGUGCAAUGCGUGAUCCACAGCCAUGCCGAGGACGUAUUGCCAUAUGUGGUAUCCGGCGUGCCUUUGAGACCAGUGUACCACAUGGCAGGGUUUCUUGGCAGAGAUGUACCGGUCUUUGAUGUGUCUCCUCUGUAUGAGCAGGCUGCGACUCCGGUGGAAAAACGAGAUAUGCUGGUCAACAACAUCAUGCUUGGAGAGGGGCUCGCAAAGAAAUUUGGCGAUGCUGGGCAGGACCGUGGAGAGCCUAAGAGCAGCGUGGUGUUGAUGAGGAGGCACGGCUUCACUUGCGUUGCAGAUGGGAUUGAGAAGGCGGUUUAUCGUGCAAUCUAUACGAAGAUCAAUGCAAAAGCGUUGACAGACAGCCUGGCGGUGAGGAAGAACUUUGAAGGCAUGGGAGAUGUGGCGUUUGACGGAGGCGAUCUAGGACUGCCGGAGGAUCAAGUCGUGGGCAGUACGGCGAUGAAUGAAAGAUUCCAGGACAAACCGUGGAAGCUGUGGGUGCGAGAGGUUGAGCGAGGCGGGAUCUACGUUAAUCGACUGACAUGA